UUUUUUUGCACUUAUAUGUAUUAUUCCAUAAAGCGGAUGCACAUUCAUUUCAGUUGAUGUUUUGGUAUUUUAAGCAACUUUAAAGGGUGGAAGUGGGCUGGUCUUACUUGCAGCGGCGAUGUUGCUAAAGUAGGCCAGCAACUGCCACCCCUUCUUCACACAAAGUGCUCCUGCAUCACUCUCAGAACCGAAGAGAGCAUUCGAGGUGAACUUGGCGUGGGCAAUCAUGAAGUUGCGUGGAAAGGAACUCUUUUGCUUACUUUGGACGGUGCUGUUUGCAUGCGUUGCUGCAAAAAGGGACGCACCCAUAGUCCACACAGCGCUUGGGAGCCUCAAAGGUGAAUAUGUGAGCGUAAAGGGGAAGGAAACCGGCGUCUAUGCCUACCUGGGUAUCCCCUUUGCCAAGCCGCCUCUUGGCCCUGCUUUGAGACUGGCUCCACCCCAGGAUGCGGAGCGAUGGGAAGGGGUCCGAGACGCCACCAAGCAGCCUCCCAUGUGCAUUCAACAUAAAGACUUUAUUACAGAUCUGCUUGAAAUGCUCGGCAACCUGAAGGCAGAGAUCCCGGAUGUCUCGGAAGACUGCCUUUACCUGAACGUUUAUACUCCUGCAAGCAGACCUCAUGAUGUGAAACUCCCAGUGAUGGUGUGGAUCCACGGUGGAGGUUUUGGUUUGGGGUCAGCUUCAAUGUCUGAUGGAUCUGCCCUGGCUGCUUAUCAGGAUGUGGUUGUGGUUCUGAUCCAGUAUCGUUUGGGACUUUUGGGCUUUCUCAGCACAGGAGAUGAGCACAUGACCGGUAACUUUGGCUUGCUAGACCAGGUCCAAUCCCUCCGCUGGGUCCAGGGGCAUAUUCACAACUUCGGAGGAGACCCGUCCUCUGUGACUAUAUUUGGCGAGUCUGCCGGUGGAGUCAGCGUUUCCCUUCUGCUUCUGUCGCCAUUGACUGAUGGUCUGAUCCACCGCGCCAUUGCUGAAAGUGGCACUGCCGCCAUCGAGCAGAUGGUGUCAAACGAUCCUCUACCUGUGUACGAGGUUGUUGCUAAUAGAUCGGGAUGUAGCAUUGAGAGUACGCAACAGAUCGCCGACUGCAUGAGAAACAUGGAUCUUGACACUUUUUUGACUCUUGCAAAGGAUGUAACGAUAAGAAUUCUUGUCAAUGUUGAUGGAAUCUUCCUACCGAAACCCGUGAAUGAGCUUUUUCAAAAACAUGAAAUUCAUAAUGUACCUUUCAUGACUGGCGUCACCAAUCACGAAGGCGGAUGGUUGCUUCCUGCUUUCAUGGGUCCUCCAAACUGGACUGAAGGAAUGGAUCGGGAGCAGGUUGUGGGCUCGUUGUCUGCAUUUAAUGCCGAUCCUAAACUGUCCAUCAUCACAGAUCUAAUGGUAGAUGAAUAUAUUGGAAACGGCGAAGAUCGUAUGAAAAAUCGAGAUGCUUUUACCGAGUUACUCGGAGAUCUUCUGUUUGUCAUUCCGGCCAUAAAGACUGUAAACGCUCACAGAGAUGCAGGUAUCCAACAUGUGUACUUGUAUGAGUACCAGCACGCCCCUCAAUUUUUGAAAGAAAAAAGGCCCAGUUUUGUUAAGUGUGACCAUGGAGACGACCUUUUCACCGUAUUUGGAAUUUGCUUUACAACAACUCAUGUCCAAAUAACUGACACAUGCCCAGAAGAUGAAGAACAAUUUAGCCGGACCGUGAUGAGUUACUGGGGAAACUUUGCUCGGACAGGAUCUCCUAAUGGGGAUGGCCUUGCUUACUGGCCAAAAUAUGGAUCAGAAGAACACUUCCUGGCAUUGAGCGCAAAGAAGCAGGUAACGGGUCAGCACUUGAAGGCGGGUCGUUAUGCCUUCAUGACUAAGAUCCUACCAGAGAAGAUAAGACAACAUCAAGAGAAGACGGAGCACAGUGAACUGUAGUACUCGCAUACUACUGCUGCUACUACUAGUGAUGAAGUAAUGAUGAAGAAAAUGUCCAGUUCCCAAUAAAGGACUUUAAAAUUCAUUGCACUGUAUGAAAAGUUGCAGAUAGGAACCAUUUUUAUGUCAUUGCCUGUAGGAGCUCACCUGUGCACUUUUAAUAUUUUCCAAGAUCCUAUUAAUAAAAAUUAAGAAAUUAUAACAGUAAACAACCUUUCAUAAAAUGCAGCGUGGUAUGUUUUAUUGGUUGUUUUAUGUUAUUGAAUAAUCUCAUGUAAAAGGAAAUAAAAAGCUACACUGCAAAAUAUGAAAUAUAGCAAAGUUUAAAAUAUUAACUUUACAAUUUGAAAACAUACUUAAAUAUAUUUGACAAACGGGGGGCACCGAACUGUAAUCCCUCAUUAAUCAUGAUUAAUUCCAGACCCAAACAUGAAAAAAAGGGAAUAUUUUCAUAGAAAUGAAAAAAAUGUCCAUAUAGUCACCUUUACACUGCUUGAUAAUAUAAGCUAGCUUUUAAGGCUUGUGUGGAAAUAAAUGUGUGUGUGGAGGACAGGAAGUGACAUCAAGGGUUCAAAGUUGAGUUUUAGCCUAGCUUGGGUUAGGUCUGCAACAGUAGCCCGUGUUGUUAUUGUGCCUGUUAUGGAGAUAAUU